AAGAAAAACAAACAACAGCUGAUGGAUAUCGGGUUAUCGAAACUCGCGGCGCAAAAAUUGUUUACAAAUAAUUGUGAAACUCGAAUAUUUCUGGCAAUGUCCACCUUUGUGGUUAAGCUACUUCAGCGCUCCCAGCUCUCGUACAGUCAAAAGGACGUAAAGCCUUUUAUCUAUGUCCGGAGCCACUGGACGGACGACGAGGCGGAAUUCGACUUCCUGUCCACCACCGACCAUCAGAAUUACCGGGGAAGUCUCAAGUACGAGGAGUUGCGGACUGCGGCCAGCGAUUUGGAUCAGUCCUACGAUGCCUUCUUUGCCGAGUGCAAAAAUGCCAUGACCACGCACAUGGGAGUCGAGGGAUUCGACUACGAGCUGGAGGAUGGGGAGCAGCAGUUCUUCAAAAUGUACAAAUGCCAGGGAUACGAGACGCUGUACUUGGAAGUUCCGCUGAGGAAGGUGUCCAACUGUUACCAGCUGCUGGAUGCCGCCCUCGAAGCUGGUCAGCAGAAGCCCCCAGCAGAUCCAGCCGCCGAAGCAGAAGACCACAAAACCACAUCCCUGGCUGAAUAUGAAAAGUAUGUGAAGGAAUCCAAGUUGAAGGAGGAGGAGCUGCUCAAGAAGUUUCUGCUGCUCAUAAACAGCAAAAAGGCGCAUAUUAGGGACUUGGAGAGCCGUCUAGAAGAGCGACCGAAAAAGUCCUCCAAAGGAAGGAACAACAAAGGCACUUCCUCUGAUGAGGCCGAGGACGAUGCCUUUGGGGCACCCACGCAAGCCAUGAAUUUAGACAGCGAUUCGGCUUAAUCCCCUAAGAUAUCAUUGAAAAACAUCCCAUCUUCGGUAUGUGCUUGAAAUGUAUUUCCGUUUUGGUUUUAGUUUUUCUUUUCGAUCGUUUGAUUUUGUAAAAUAAAUUAGCUUUAUAAUGUA